AUGAUCAACUAUGGUUCCAUAUACGACGGGCUGAAGACGACACCGCCGUGUGCUGGCUGUCGUGCAGAUGGAAAGAACAAAAGGUCCAGGAGGACUCGAGGCGGUAAACAAGCUGGAAGCCCUGUGGGACAUUCGAGUCCAGUAAGGCUGAUGAUUGAUGACGAUGUUGAUGAUGAUGAUGAUGAUGAUGAUGAUGCUAAUGCUGAUGAUGAGGUGUUCAUCUCAAAACGCAGGGUUGACGAGGUGCGCACGGGUGCCAUGGUGCCCAUGAACCCGGACCCGCCGACUCCACUCGUGCCCAUCCGUAAUCCACCCUGUUAG